AAUAAGGCGCUGCACCCUGCAGAGGUCUACGCGCUGAGCGCUCAAAAUGCCUGAGCCGCUAAACCCGUCAGUCUGCCUGCUUUAAGUGUUUGCCUGAGAUAGAAACAUGCUCAAGAACAAAUACCCCAGCCUUAACAAAAGAGGAGGAACAUGGGGUUUGUGCAUCCUCUUGCUCUACACCAAUCCGCUUGCUUGCUUUGCAAAUUUCGGUCAGGCAAAAGAGCUCAUCUAUAAGAUAAAGGAGGGAUUAUCCGAGGGGACAUUCAUAGGAGGCAUUGGAGUGGACCUACGUUUGGAUUUUGACGUUGAGCCCCCCUUUAUGUUCAGUCUGGCCCAAAAGAAGGCCAGUGAGCAGUAUGUGACCCUAAAUACCACUAAAGGAGAGCUCUACACAUCUGCGACAGAGAUCGACAGGGAGACACUCUGUCCCGGCCACUCGGAGCACCUGGGAUGUGUUCUGUCGCUGGAUGUGUUCGUGUUGCCCCAGCAGUACUUUCAGCUCGUCAAAGUGAAGAUCUUUAUUGAGGAUGUGAAUGACAAUAGGCCCAAGUUCCCUGUCGAUGAGAUCUCUAUUUCUGUCCCGGAAAACACUCCCGUCAAUUCUCGUUAUGCCGUGGAGCAGUCGGCGGUUGACCCAGACCUCGGCCUUCACAGCGUGCAAACCUACUGGCUUGUUAACAACUUUGGUGUGUUCGCACUGGAUGUUGAAGAGAACGAAGGGGGUGAGCUCACACCAUUUCUCAUUGUAACAGAGGUGCUGGACAGAGAGACGCGAGCUGAGUACAUAACGGAUAUCAUCGCAGAGGAUGGAGGGACCCCUCCGCUACUUGGCACAGCCAUGUUAAAAAUUGUUAUCACGGAUGUGAACGAUAACUGCCCCCAAUUCACAGAGUCCCAAAUUAAUGUGACUGUGUAUGGGAAUACUACCAAAGGGGCGCAUUUGGCACGGGUGCAUGCUUUUGAUCCUGACCUUGGUGCUAAUGCUCAGAUCAGUUACACUUACAGUGACCGUGUGCCAAGGGACACCCAGAGUUUGAUCCAUUUGGACAGACUAACAGGGGUGAUUAAACUCACAGGAAAAAUAGACGUAGGUACAGCAACCUUCUACAAACUGACAGUUCUGGCCAUUGGCCCUGGCUGCAUCCCUGCUGUUGCCACGGUUUCUGUUCGUAUCAUCAAAGUCGUUACUGACCCCCCAGCUGUCAUAACCAGGUACAUUGCAGCCGAACUGGACGGGGUGGUGACAAUAAAAGAAACUGAGCCAGCCUUUUCACCAGUUGCAUUCUUUACUGUCAAAAACAUUGAUAAGAACCUGCUAGUGGACUGUCAUUUGGAGGGGGUGGGUCCCUUCAGGAUAAGCCCCUAUGAACUGCUCAAAAACGAAUACCUACUGGAGACGACUGAACCACUGGAUUAUGAGAUGACAAAAGAGUAUGAGCUGAUAGUGGUGGUAAACAAUACACGUGACCUUGACAUCAAGACGUUCCUCAAAGUGCAGGUGUUGGAUGAGAAUGAUAAUGCUCCAGUGUUUCAGCAGCCUUUGGUGGAGAUAUCGGUGAAGGAAAACAAUCCACCAAAUACUUUUCUAGCCCAGCUUCAAGCCACAGAUCCAGACAGUGAUAGCCGGGGGGAGGUUGUGUACCUUCUAGGAGGUGAUGCUCCUCGGAUCUUUAUUGUGGAUCAUAUAACAGGUGUCCUUACUGUGGCUGCCUCCUUGGACCGUGAAGAAAAGGAGAAAUACCGCUUCAUAGUGAGAGCAGUGGACCAGGGAAUACCCAAGAAGGAGUCUAUUGCAACCGUGGUGGUGAUUGUGGAAGACUGCAAUGACAACAGUCCUCGCUUCAUCAACAAGGACUUUACUUUCUUCGUGCCAGAAAACUUCCCUGGGUACAGAGAGAUCGGGGUCCUCUCUGUGUCUGAUGCUGAUGCUGGGAAAAAUGGCUGGGUGGCGCUUUCCAUCCUGAACGGAAGUGACAUUUUCAUGAUCGACACGGGUCGAGGAGUACUGAGAGCCAAGAUGUCCCUGGACCGCGAGCAGCAGGGGACAUACCAGCUGUGGAUUGAGGCAGUUGACGGCGGUGAGCCACCAUUGUCCUCUGUUACCAUGGUGACAGUGCUACUAUUGGAUGUUAAUGACAAUCCCCCUAUUGUCCUGUUCCCUCAGUCCAAUCAAUCCUACAUGCUAGUGCUACCUAGUACACUACCGGGUACAUCGAUUACAGAGGUAUACGCUGUGGAUAAGGACACAGGCAUGAAUGCUGUAAUCGCUUAUAGUAUCAUUAAGAGAAAAGGUGGUGAUACAGGGUCAUUUGCUAUUGACCCAAAAACUGGAAAUAUCACACUAAAGCGCGAACUCAGCAAUCGGGGACUUUGCAGCCUUCUGGUGAAGGUCACUGAUCACGGUCAGCCAGAACCUCUUUAUUCAACAGUACUGGUUAACUUCUUUGUUAAUGAAACUGUGAGCAAUGAGAGCUAUAUCCACAGUCUGCUGACUAGAGAGGCAAGCAUUGAGGUGGAGGACAGGCCCUGGUAUAUUGGACAGUUGACAGAAGGGCAUGAAAGGUAUGAACUGUUUCCCUGCCAGCCUCUCCUCAUUGCUCUUUCAGUGACCUGUCUGGGACUGUUCUUCUCUGUUAUUACUCUGACAUCUUUCAUGUGCUGCAAGAGGCUAAAAAAGCACCGAAAGAAACGAUUGGAAACAGAGAUACCUUUAAAAGAGAAGAAUGAUAUGAAGCAGAUUGUCAACAGAAAACUCAGGAAGAUCUCAAAUAUUUGACACACAGCUGUCCACAAAUCCAAAAACCACCAAUGUUUAUGUCAAUGUUUACAAAAUUCACUGUGAGAAGUGCAGGUUUUACAUAAAGAUGCUCUUUUUGCCUUGGUAAUAUAAUUGUUACUGUUGUGGUCCAGAAACAUAUCUUAACUGCAAUUAGGUGUACUUUCUAACAACAAAAUUGCACAGUUUUUUAAUUGUCUUUAUAUUAUGUAUUAGCCAGGAUACAAACCAAACACACCAUAUGUGAACAUAAAUGUAAAUUAUGUUUUGGCAUUAAAAUGAUUGCAGCUUUAAUACCAAGUUGUAAGAGUAACUAAAAAACAUUUCACUGUCAAACCUGUUGUAAAUAUUGUAUAAAGUUUAUAUAAUUUUUUUUUUUGCUCUAUGACCUUUCUAAGUAAAUUUAAGACAUAACAAAAUGUUUCCCUCUUUGUUA